GACAAAACCUCUGGCCCUAGCACUCCUCAAUUUCAAAGCACUGCAUUCCAUUCCAAGCAAUCAAGCAUGGAUAAGAAGAAGGAGCAGAAGCACACGGGGAACAAACUAAAACAGCAAUCGACCAUGGAGAAGAAGAAGAAGCAACAGCAGAAUGAGAAUAGCAAGAGCAUUCACGACAUUCUUCCUCUUGAGCUGAUUCACAGAAUCCUACUGAGGGUUCCGCUCAAACAUCUUGCUCGUCUGAAGUGCGUCUCGAAGUUUUGGAACACUCUCAUUUCCGAUCCCGACUUUGCGAAAUCGCAUGUUCACCUCUCUGCCGCACCCACCCAUGUAUGCCUCUUCAUAGAUGACUACUCCAAGGCUUGCUCCGUUGACAUUGACGCAGUAUUUCACGACUACAAUUCUGCUACUGCAGUAAAAGAGGAUAAGAAUGGCCAUGAGCACUUUGAUUGCCUGUCUUUGAGAACCAAUUCAUGGAUUAAUCUUGAUUUUGCACUCUCCAAACCCUUGGGUAGGAGCAACUGGAAAUCUCGUGGGUUCUUCUUGAAUGGCGCUAUUCAUUGGUCGUCCUGCACUCUUAAUGUUGGAGUUUAUAGUAUUCUUAUAUUUGAUUUGAAGGAAAGGAGUUUCUCAACUAUAUCUAUGCCUGAACAAGUGAUGGGUUAUCUCAAUCCCACUCAUCUUGUCCUACUAGGAGGGUGCCUGGCCUUGUAUUCUUAUGAUCGCGAUAAAACUAACAUAUGGGUGAUGAAAGAAUACAAAGUGCAUUCAUCUUGGACUUUCUAUCAGAUUUCUCGGGGACGGUCUGCGCCUCUAUGCUUAUCCAAUGGUAGUGACAUUGUUGCACUAGAUUCUAUUUUGAAAUCUAUAGAUCUCUACUUAAGGUUUGCCAAAUAUAAUGUCAGAGGAGAGCUCCUCCGACUCAAAUGUUUUGAUUAUAGUGAUCUGGAACAUUUUAAAGAUCGUUCUCGUCGGUUGUCUCAGUAUGGCACAAACUACAUUGUAUACACAGAGAGUCUCGUGCCAGUCCCUAGUGAGAAUGUAAGGAAUAAAGAUGAAAAACGGUACGUGAAUGAAGGUCAUGCAGAAUCAGCACUAACAAGUGAGAGGGAAAAGGUUGUUAUUGGGAAUGGACAGCUGUCAAACGAUCCUUCAAUUCAAGAAAUCAGGAGAAGCACGAGAGGGAGGGUCAUUAAUAGAACCCUGGAUGACUUUGCGUGGUAACUAUGCAGUGGUAACCUCACUCCCUUCUGAAAUUCCCCCUCUGCUCUCCUUUCUUCUUCUCAAAUUCUUCCCUCUCUUUAGUCUAAUUUUCUCUCUAAAGCCAACUCUAUUACUGUUACACUGAAUUUGCUUUCUAAAUUACUACGGAAUAUUUGUGUUUGCCACCUGAAUUCUUCAUUGUUCAUAGAGCAUGUGCUCCUAGGUCUUUCUUUCAUGGUAGGUUAAUUGAACCACGUUAAAUUUUCUAUUAUCACCUUAUCUUUUGUUCUAUCUGGUAAUGAAACCUUGUAGCAUGUUGAUAUAAUUGCUAUAGUGGUGUAAAUUUUACAUUUAUAUAUAUGUAUGGCUUUCAACUUUAUUUUAUUAAGGUACUUCCUAGUUUAUUUAAUUUCUGAUGCUAAUAUUGCAGUACUUUUAAUGUAAA